AUGGCGACGUUAGAGCAGCCUCCACCGACGGAGGCGACGACCCCUGGGGCGGACAGCGUGUUGGACCCCACGCAGGCGGCAGCGACCCCCGCGCCCCGCAAGCAGGGCCGGCCUCGAGGCAAGCCGCUGCCAGAGAGGCCCAAACGAAGUUUACUGUGUCUUGGACUGAAGAAUCCAUUGAGAAAAUUGUGUUAUGAUAUUGUUGAGUGGAAACCUUUCGAGUACAUGAUAUUGACGACGAUCUUCGCCAACUGCAUCGCCCUGGCGGUGUUCACCCCCUACCCCUCUGGGGAUACGAAUAAUACUAAUCAGAUAUUGGAAAAAGUAGAAUGGAUCUUCAUGGUGAUAUUUACUGGUGAGUGCGUGAUGAAGAUCAUAGCGUACGGGUUCCUGUUCCAUCCCGGCGCGUACCUCAGGAACACGUGGAACAGUCUCGACUUCACCAUAGUUACUAUAGGUAUAGUGAGCAUGAUCCUCCAGAUCAUCUCGAAGGACUCUAUCGAUGUGAAGGCGCUGCGAGCUUUCAGAGUGCUGCGGCCUCUUCGACUAGUCUCAGGAGUACCAAGUCUACAAAUCGUGUUGAACUCCAUUCUUAAGGCCAUGGUGCCGCUCUUCCAUAUAGCAUUUUUAGUGCUGUUUGUUAUCAUCAUCUACGCUAUUAUUGGGCUGGAGCUGUUCUCUGGCAUCCUUCAUGACACCUGCUACUCUAAUGAGACAGGUAACAUGAUGGACAAUCCAACACCUUGCGUAAAAGACGGUGAUGUGGGCUACAGAUGCAAGGCAGACGAGAUCUGCAAAGGUGAUUGGGAAGGGCCCAACGAUGGGAUCACCAGCUUCGACAAUAUCGGCUAUGCUAUGCUCACUGUGUUCCAGUGUAUUACUUUGGAAGGAUGGACGGAUAUUAUGUACGCUAUCGCUAACGUCAAAGGCAACACGUGGCCCUGGAUAUACUUCGUCACGAUGGUCAUCUUCGGCAAUUUCUUCGUGAUGAAUCUAAUUCUUGGUGUUUUGUCCGGAGAGUUCUCAAAAGAGAGAGAAAAAGCUAAGAGUCGCGGUGACUUCCAGAAGUCCAGAGAGAGACAGCAAUUCGAAGAGGAUUUGAAGGGAUACUUGAACUGGAUCACGGUGGCGGAGGAACUGGAUUUGGAGAAUGAUCAAGCACAGAAAGAGGAUGAUCAGGAUUCGCAGGGCAAUAAAAAAGAAAGGAAAAGCAAUGAAGGCUCACAGACGAAUGUGAAUAUGAAUGGGGAUCAAGGACAGUCGUCUACAUGUAAAGUGUAUUGCAAGAGAUUUGAUAAGGUGAACAGGCGUAUGCGCAGGGCAUGCAGGAAGGCGGUGAAGUCUCAGGCGUUCUACUGGACUAUCAUCGUACUGGUGUUCCUGAAUACCAUGGUUUUGGCUACCGAACAUUACAAACAACCCAAAUGGUUGGACCGGUUCCAGAACUACGCUAACUACAUGUUCGUUGUGCUGUUCACGAUGGAGAUGCUGGUCAAAAUGUACGCUCUGGGAUUUCAGGGAUACUUCGUGUCCUUAUUCAAUCGUUUCGACUGUUUCGUCAUGAUCUGCUCCAUCAUCGAGUUGGCGCUGACGGCAGCAGGCAGCAUCCCGCAGCUCGGUAUAUCCGUGUUGCGAUGCGUCAGGCUGCUCAGGGUGUUCAAAGUUACCAAAUACUGGCGUUCCCUCUCCAACCUGGUAGCUUCACUGCUGAACUCUAUCCAAUCCAUCUUCUCUCUGCUGCUGUUGCUGUUCUUGUUCAUCAUGAUCUUCGCGCUGCUCGGCAUGCAAGUGUUUGGUGGGAGAUUCGACUACCAACCCGAAGCUGAGAAGGAGAGGCACAACUUCGAUUCCUUCUGGCAGGCUGUGUUGACUAUGUUUCAGAUCCUAACUGGUGAGGAUUGGAACGUGGUGAUGUACGAAGGUAUCAAGGCGUACGGAGGCGUGGGAACUCCUGGAAUGCUCGCCUCUAUAUACUUCAUCGUCAUCUUUAUUUGUGGCAACUAUAUUUUACUAAACGUGUUCUUGGCUAUCGCCGUCGACAACUUGGGUGAUGCUGAAGAAAUGGACGAGAUUGAGAAGGCAAAGGAGGACGCUGAAAAUCCUGAAGCAGGAAACCCUCAAUUGGAUGAAGAGAGGCCAGAAACUGAUGAUGAAUUUGCUAAUGAAGAAGAGGGCUACUCCAGUGAAGGAUCAGAUCAUGAAUACGAAGAGACUGGUUCAGAAGAAGACGUAGAGGAGCAGGAGCAGGAAAGAGAAAAUGCAAACGAAGCACUCGUUAAUAAUGAAAAGAAACAGAAUGGUGACGUAAAAAAAGAAGAGUCACCUCCAAAACGCCCAGCCGGUAUUUCAGCUCGGCCGCGAAGGUUGUCGGAGGUGGAGAUCAAGACGCAAGAGAAACCCAUACCUGAUGGCACUAGCUUCUUCAUAUUCUCUAAAACGAAUUGGUUCCGUGUAAUGUGCUACACAAUUCAGAAUCAUUCCUGGUUCAAAAAUCUGAUAUUGGUGUGUAUUCUGGCGUCUUCGCUCAUGCUGGCGAUGGAAGACCCCGUCCCGAGCUCCGGCACUGAGGGUACAGUCGAAAUUCUCCGCAAGAUCGACUACUUCUUUACGGCGGUGUUCACCAUCGAGUUGGUGCUGAAGGUCAUCACCUACGGGUUCAUCCUCCACAAGGAUUCGUUCUGUCGCUCCGCGUUCAAUCUUCUUGAUCUACUCGUUGUCAUCGUGUCACUAGUCUCUUUGUUAGAUUUAAAGACAAACAGCAUAUCGUUCAUUAAGAUCUUGAGAGUGUUCAGAGUGUUGAGGCCUCUGAGGGCCAUCAACAGAGCCAAAGGAUUGAAGCACGUAGUACAGUGCGUCAUUGUUGCUAUAAAGACGAUCGGCAACAUUUUAUUGGUGACAAAUCUUCUACAAUUCAUGUUCGCGGUCAUGGGAGUGCAAAUGUUCAAGGGAAGAUUUUGCAAAUGUACAGACAGUACAAAAGUAACGGAGCUAGAGUGCAAAGGGUCAUAUAUAAUUUACGAGAACUCUAAGCCCACAAUACACGACCGCCAAUGGUUAACCAAUAAGUUCAAUUUCGAUGAUGUCCUGAGCGGAAUGUUGACGCUCUUCACCGUGUCUACCUUCGAGGGAUGGCCGUCAUUACUGUCCACCUCCAUGGAUUCGAAUGAGGAGGACCACGGACCGAUAGAGAAUUCUCGACCUUUGGUGGCGUUCUUCUACAUCAGUUACAUUAUUGUCAUAGCUUUCUUCAUGGUGAAUAUCUUCGUGGGUUUCGUUAUCGUGACAUUCCAGAAAGAGGGUGAGCAGGAGUUCAAAGAUUGUGAAUUAGACAAGAAUCAGAGGAAUUGUAUAGAGUUUGCCUUGAAGGCGAAGCCGGUAAGAAGGUACAUUCCAAAGCACCGUAUCCAGUACAAGACGUGGUGGUUCGUGACGUCACAGCGGUUCGAAUACUUCAUAUUCUUCUUCAUCGUUCUCAACACGAUCGCGCUCAUGAUGAAGUUCCAUGGUGCCUCUCCUGAGUAUAAGAAGGGUUUGGACUACCUCAACAUGCUGUUGACCACGGUGUUCAUGCUGGAGUUUGUGUUCAAGCUAGCUGCUUUUAGAUUUAAGAAUUACUUUGGAGACGCGUGGAACACGACAGACUUUAUUUUGGUUAUCGGAAGUAUCAUAGACAUUGUGGUCACUCAAGUCAACGAGAAUAGACCGGAGCAAAUUUAUGGCGCGACCAGAUCAACUAUGGAGGGCAUGAACCUCAAAUACAUAACCUUUUUCCGUCUCUUCCGUGCGAUGCGUCUCAUCAAGCUACUAUCAAGAGGAGAGAGGAUUCGGACCCUCCUGUGGACCUUCAUCAAGUCUUUCCAGGCGCUGCCCUAUGUAGCCCUGCUGAUCGUUCUUCUGUUCUUCAUCUAUGCUGUGGUGGGGAUGCAGUUGUUCGGCAAGGCGUUCCCUGACGACGAGAUCAUCACCAGUAACAACAACUUCCAGACCUUCGGAGGAGCCCUCAUGGUGCUGUUCAGAUCCGCUACAGGUGAGGCAUGGCAGGAGAUCAUGAUGGCGUUGUCCACCAACACCCUAGAGCGUCCCGGGGAGCCAGUGCGCUGCAUCGCCCACAUCGACAAGGACGGCGUGCCGCAACCAGACGACGAGUUAUGUGGCAACUGGCUCGCGUUCCCGUACUUCAUAUCGUUCUCAUUACUCUGCACCUUCUUGAUCAUAAAUUUGUUCGUGGCGGUCAUCAUGGACAACUUCGAUUAUUUGACUAGGGACUGGUCUAUCUUGGGACCGCAUCAUCUUGACGAGUUUAUCAGGUUAUGGAGUGAAUACGACCCUGACGCCAAAGGCAGGAUCAAACAUCUGGACGUGGUCACGUUGCUCAGGAAAAUCAGUCCACCUUUAGGUUUCGGCAAGCUGUGUCCACAUCGUACGGCGUGCAAGCGUCUCGUGUCGAUGAACAUGCCGCUCAACUCCGACGGCACCGUCAACUUCAACGCCACACUCUUCGCUGUGGUCCGGACGCAGCUUCAGAUCAAGACCACGGGAGUCAUAGACGAAUGCAACACGGAACUCCGUGCAAUAAUAAAGAAGGUUUGGAAGAGGACGUCCCCCAAACUCCUGGACCAGGUGGUGCCGCCGCCCGGGGACCCCAACGAGAUCACCGUCGGCAAGUUCUACGCCACCUUCCUCAUACAGGACUACUUCAGGAGGAACCAUGCGUUCCGUAAGAGAAAGGAGCAGGCGGCGGCGGCGUCGGUCACGAGCAACCAGAUGACGCUGCAGGCUGGCCUGCGGACCCUGCAUGAGGCAGGACCGGAGCUCAAGCGAGCCAUCUCCGGGAACCUGGACGAGAUUGUGGUGGAAGCUGUGGAGCCUAUGCAUAGGCGCAACCACACCCUAUUCGGCGCGGUGUGGACGAGCCUCAAGAAGCACGGGAAGGACGGGUUCAGCCGCUACCGACCCCACGCGGCUGCACCGCCGCGGACCAAGACGCAGAAUGAUAUUGAAGAAGAAGGCCCAUCUCUAAGUUCCAUGAUGAGGAGAGAGCUGGGACUCGACGGGAAAAUACCGGAAGAGGAAGUAAAAUACGACGACGGCAAUCAUAGCGACGAAGAGAUCGCGAUGCAACCACUCCUGCACGGAAAGGACUCUGAGAAGAUCUUCAAAGCUAUAGAAAAAACGUCCAACGACUUAUUGCAGAGUAUGAGAAACAGCUAUCGUGACAAAGAGCCGAAACAGAGCAACAACGUGCCUUAUUGUGUAGAGAAUCCAGCGGAGAACCUUAUAACACGGGUGUUGAUGGAGCAGGGGUUAGGCAAGUACUGCGACAAGGAUUUCAUCCAGAGUACCUCGCGUGAGAUGCAGGAGGCGCUCGACCUCACGCAGGACGAGAUGGACACCGCUGCAAAUCAAAUAAUACUGCAAGAGAGGAAAAUGAACGCCAUGCAGAACAAGCCGGCCAACGUGGAAAGCAUAUUGUCCCGUCAAUACCACCCCUUCCACCAGCCGCCGAUGCAGCCCCCUCCUCGGAAAAAAUAGCCCCACGCCACACACCCCUCUGGUUUUCUGUGCACCCGCGCCGGUUGACAGCCGGCGUGGGUUUGUCGCCCGGUCCCGGGUUCGAAGCCGCCCGCCCCGGGGUCAGCUAAACGAGUUUUUGAAGAAUAUAUUGUAAAUAUUUAAUGUUAAGGUGAAUGCUUCACGGCUUUUGCGGGAUAUGUUAUUUUUUAUAUUUAUGUGUUUGGUAUUUUUGUUACUGCGAUGUUGGGUGGUCAUUUUCUUUUGUUUUCGGAUGCUUGUGCUAUCUUUGGCGUUAGGGUAUUUCGGUGUUAUCAAUUUGGAAUAUUAUUUUUCUCGAGGAAUUUUUGAUUUACUUUAUUAGUAAAGUUAUGCUAGUGGUAAUGAAUGAAAAUUAUAUAUAAAGCCUUUUGUCCUUUUGAGCUUUAUUUAAACGGUAUUUAAUAAUAAAUAUUGUAUACAAUUAUCUGUAUACACUAAACAAAAAUGUAAGUAAAUGUAACUUAGAGUUUUAAUGAAAUAUAUUUUCCAAAAUUAAAGAUGGCCGCCCUACCGAGUGACUGAUUUUGGUAAAAUUUUAGAUUGUGUAAUUUGUGAACGUUCAAAAAUAUAUUUAUAAUACGAAUAUAUAAUGCGGCGAGGUGCCUUAUCUAUUCGAUAUAGAGUUAGAUGUUUUCGAUAAAAAAUGUGCCAAAAAUAUUUUUGCCUUAUUGCUUUUGGCGGGAAAGUAGCCGAGCUGUGUGCAAACGAAACUAAAUACAUUUUUACGUAUUGUACGUAAUAUAACAUUUUCUUAACAUUGUAAAAUAUAUAUUGUGGAAAAUUUUAAGGGGAAUUUACGUAAAACUUGUUGCAAAUGGCUCGGUUUGUUCGUCAACCAAAAUUGUGGAUGUAUUUAGUAUAUGAAAUGCUAGAAUGUUGAUAAACGGCUUGUUUGUGUAUUUCCUAUAUUUUUCCAACUAGAAAGUAAGUAGAAAUGUAUUCUAAAUGUACCUAAGAUGUGGAUUCGCAGUGUCUUCAUACAAUAGAAAAUUGAGCUUGAAUAUAAAAUAGGAAAAUUAUUUUUCUUCAAAUAUGCAAAAGAAAUAUUAAUAAUUAUGAAAUAGGCUCUAAAUACUUCAUAUUUCGUCAAAUAAGUCUAUCUAUUUUUAUACAAUUAUUAAAACAUUUUUACAGUUUGUCGAUAUUGCAAAAAUUUGCUUGCAUAAAUGUCAAAUCGUUAGCCAAUAUAAUAUUCUGAAAUAUAUUAUUGAUUAUAAAAGCACGCAAAUCAUUACACUUUGAAAAAGUUAGUUUGUUUUUAAUUAAUCAAGAACAACUAUUAUUGUGCUAAGUUUCUGGAGACUUUUUUCUACAUUUUUGCGAUUUUAAACACCGACAAUGCGAUUUUUUAUACGAAAGGCGAUCGAUUUUCAAUCUUCAGAUAAAAAUUCUUCGUCAAAUAUAUUAUAACUAGGUUGAAUAGGAGUAUACUAUAUAUUAUAUAUUUUACUCAUGCGAGUGCAAUGUUCAAUUUGUUCGUAUAGUGAUUAUAAUGUUUUAUUUGUUGAUUGAAAAAUUGGCUUUUCGAGUACGCAGUUUAUUGCAUACACAUCACACUUUUUUAAUAUAAAUAGUAUUUUUGAUUACUAAAAGUACUUUCCUCCAUAGAAAAAGAAAACACUGUAUCCCAAAAUUUAUAAAAAAUAAAUAUUUUUUAAAUAUCAUUGGGUAAAUAGGUCCCCGUGUGUAAAAACUUUUUAGAUAAAGUCAUUUCCCCUGUGGUAUUUUUGUGUGUUCCCGAGCUGAGUAAUUUCUAGUCAAACGUCAUAGAUUUGCUUGCUUCGUAUUAUUUAUGGAUGUUAAAUGUAGAACCAAAUGUUAUUUAUAUAUUUUAAAUAAUGUAUUUUAUACGAGACGUAUACUUGUUACUGUGGAAUAAAUUGUUGAUAUCGAAA